AUGAUAAUAAAUCAAGAUGAUAAACAUAAUGGGACUCCCAUGAUUUCAAGGGCUGGUCUAUCAACCAUUCCAUAACAUUUGUGCUUUCAACUAUCACGAGCUGAUAAAAGAGGCUUGAAAAAUUAAGAUGCUAAACAGCUCAAACUAUACAACUAUGAUGAUGAUCAGCUAGACCUUACUGCUUUUAAGAGAGAAUACGAGGAGAUUCAAGAGAAGCAAAUGAAACUAGUUCAUGAUAAGGAAGAAAAGCGUAUUAAUGUUAAGAAUUCAGUGAUUGGACAUUAAUUUGUCCAUAAGCCUUUUGAAGAAAUUCCGAAAUUGAAAGGAGUAAUUAGAAGCAAGUCUACAAUAUCGAGGGAAAGGCCACAAACAGCAAUGUGUAAGCGAGCAGUAAAUUUCACAAACGAAUCUUACAUGAACUCUUCACUACUUAAUGUUCAUUCAACAAUAGAAAAUUGUAAGCACUCAAGAAAAUUAAGUUAACCUUAAGGUCCUCAUGAGUAAAGAUUUGUUUCGUUCAACACAAUUAAUACACAUUGCACGAAAUAUAUUGAUCCAUCUUAAUAUCCAACAUUCGAUAAGGUUUUAUCAAGGCAAUAAUUAGUAGAAAGAGAACAAAGACUUUAAAAUGAUGCCUGUUUCCUCUAAGAUUAUGAUCCUGAUUAUGAAAAAGUCAUGACAAAGAUCUCAGUAAACAUUCCAGAUUUUAAUAAAUAGCAAGGCAGACUUUAGUCAGUAUAAUAAAAUUAACAAGCAAACAUAAAUUCAAUUGAUCCUGUAGUCUUAGAAAACUCUUAUAAACUAUUGAGUCAUGUAAAGAAGGAUAUAACCUUCAUGAUUGAUAAAAAUAGAGGUAGAAAUGAGGAACAAGGAGGCAUAUAUCCAAUCAAAGACAAAGACUACUUACUUAAAAAGUAAUAUGACUCAUUUGCAAAAGCGUUCCAAUAAGCAGCAGCUAACUCUAUAAUAAAGCAACAGUGGCAUGAUAGCAGGCAUAGUAAAUUCUCUAAGCAACAUUCAAGUGUAGUCAAAGAAGAUAGUUCUCUCGGCAGCAGAAGUAGAGAUUAUAGCACUAAUAGUAUAAAUAUCGUAAACUAGCAGAUUAGUAAUAAUAACUCUGUUUCACGAUAAAUGACCAAUUAAAAGGAAUCAAUGAGUUAGUUGAGAUAGUUAUAAAUUCAGCAGUUCAAUGACUACACUUUUGAUAAUUCUUCAUAAAAAAUACUGAGUAAGGCUUAGAAAAUAAUGAAAACUAGCAAAAAAUUAGAACGAUUUAACUUGAUUGAAUCUAAAUUCAAAAAGUCAGCUAAAAGGCAUUGA